AUGGAUAUGCAGAAUGAUAUCGAGAGAUUGAUGUUCUUCGAUCAUGCUCGUUUAGCAGCAGAAGCCACCUACGUCAAAAACCCUUUGGAUGCCGAUAACUUGACGAGAUGGGGAGGAUCUUUAUUGGAGUUAUCCCAGUUUCAAAACCCUUCUGAUUCAAAGCUAAUGCUUCAAGAUGCCAUUUCGAAGCUGGACGAGGCGUUGUUAAUCAAUCCAAAGAAGCACGAUGCGCUUUGGUGCAUCGGGAACGCUCAUACCUCGUAUGGGUUUUUGAUUCCUGAUCAAACCGAAGCUAGAGAUCACUUUGACAAAGCUACUCACUUCUUUCAACAAGCUCUGGAGGAGCAACCGGGAAACGAACUCUACCUGAGAUCAUUGGACUUGGCUUCUAAGGCUCCAGAACUAUAUACAGAGGUUUACAAACAUGGUUCAGGGCCACAACCAUUGGGCGGUGUCGCUGGACCAUCAUCAACCAGUUCAAAGACUAUGAAGACAAAGAAGAACAGUGAUCUCAAGUACGAUGUGCUCGGAUGGGUCAUCUUAGCUGCUGGCAUUGUUACGUGGAUCCAAUUCGCUAAAUCUCAUAUCCCGGUAUCGAAGCAGUAA